GGCACUAACAAACCAUCCUUACAAUGGCUUUUACGUUGAUCGCUGUCACCUUCACCUUGGCGCUGGCCCAUGCUUCCGCAGCACCAGCUGUGGCAGUGGCUGCUCCAGUAGUCGCUGCGCCCGCUGUCGCCGCGAGGCUGGAAGAGUUUGACCCUCUCCCGCAAUACAAGUUCGGAUACAACGUAGCAGACUCCCUCACCGGCGACUACAAGAGCCAACACGAGCAACGCAACGGCGACUUUGUCCAAGGGUCUUACUCGCUGGUAGAACCUGACGGCACCCAGCGUAUCGUUGAUUACUCAGCUGAUUCUGUGAAUGGAUUCAAUGCCGUCGUUCGCAAGGAACCCUUAGUCGCCGCAGCUCCCGCUGUCGUUGCAGAACCAGCUGUAGUUCCAGCACGAAUUGCCGCGGCUCCUGUAGUAGCACCGGUUGCAAGAUACACCGCAGCAUACACCGCCCCCGUCGCAUAUGCACCAUACACCGCUCCUGUAGCCAGACUCACCGCAUACAACAGUCCGUUAGCCUAUUCUGCACCUCUUGUAUCAGCAAGACUAACCGCCGCACCAAUCAUCUCGUAUUAAUUUUUUAAUGACUUUUGUAACUGAUUAAAAGACCGUGAACUAUCUUAA